AAACACACUGAUCGUGGGGAUCCGAUGGAACAUAUCGAUGGUUCAUUUGGCCUCGCCAGCCUCCUGACGGAGGUGGCCAACACAACGUUCGCCAACGCAACGUUCACCAAUGCCGCCGCCCUUUCUACCACUGCCUGCCCCGAUGACAGCAAAGUACCAUGGCAGUCAGCACUUUGGGCGAUCCUAGCCCUUGCCCUUAACGCCAUGACGCAGCCCUCAAGCGCUGACCCCUCCCCAACUCCCGCCAUCUCCUUCGUCCGCUCCUCCCCUGUCAUUUGCUUUAUAGACGCUGUCUCCAUUCCCAUAUGGCUUGCCGUAGGAUGUUACUAUGGCGAGUCCACCACCAACUCACUCACCUCCAAACGACUAGCCACACGCCCCAACCGCACGCCCGCCAGCGCCCCGAUCUUUUCCGCUACCACCAGCGCCGUCUUCUUCAUUCUCGGUCCCCUUCCCCAAGCCAUUAAGCUAGCCGGCAUGUCCGGCGUCUCCUUUACCAAAUUUAUUGGCUUCAUCUUCCUCGUUGCCUACCUCCUUGGCGUCUACGAAGCCGACGCCGCCCACCGCGCCUCGCGACGCCAUACCGAGAAACCCUGGCUCUCAUUCGCCGUGAAAGCACAACGCAUCCCGGAGACCGUGCGCAUCCGUCUCGCCUGGCUCGACGAGGUAUUGCGCUAUUACAUUUUCUUCGUUCACUUCUCCUUAUGGGUGGUAGUCGCGCACAUGGUGGUUUAUCCGAGCACGAAUGCCGGUAAGGUGGCCGCAGAUCGACUUGAGGAGUCGGUUAUAUUGCUUACCUACCAGCUACCAAUUGUGUUUAUUGCCGUGCCAGCGGGGCUGUGGGGAAAAAGACAUUUAGGAAAGUGGCUGCACGAACGGUUUUCUGGGAGUGUCGGGCCUCAGAGGAUGAGGAAGGUGGUCCAUGCGGGUCUUCUAUAUGGACCCGCGGUGCUUUCAGGCUUCUCAGCCUUCGCACUGUCGAUUUUCUUGUUCCAGCUCCUCAAAAAUUACGCUAGGUCCAAGCAGGAGGUUCGCUUGGGCUGGAAGGCGUAUGCCGAUACAAAAGAUUCGUUCGUAAAACUCUCGGGGUUCAUACUCGUGCUGUUUGUCCUCGCCGUUUGCAUUCCUCUCCUCUCCUUCGGACUCUACUUCGCCAAAAUGUUCCUUGACCUACUCAUGGAGCCAGAGCCUGAAAUUAACAAGCCGAAGCUGGAAAAGGAGGCGGAUGACGAGGAAGACGCGGUUACGACGGUUUAUAAUAUAGCAGUGCUGGGGUUUGCAUUGUCUAAUCUGUUCUUUGCGAUUUUGUUUUACGCCCAUGGCUAUGUUGCGGAGGGGACGUCAAAGCCAGGGUGGAGUGAAAUGUUGGGCUGACCGUUGAAUAUUUAUGAUAAUGAGAGAAGAAUAUACAGAGAGAGAUAGAUAUAGAAAGGCCUUACCCACAGUCUAAACUAGUGCCGCCUAAAAUCACAAGGAUAGGGUUAUUCUACCAGGAAUCCUUCAAAGCAUUAAAUUAAAGCAAUAUAGUUGUCUACGCC